AUGAGACUCAAUCUGGGCUCCAGCCUGGUGCUCUUCCUCGCAUCGACUCAAGCGGUCGGGGCGUUCAACUGGCUCCACAAAGCAGUCUACAACAGAUGGCACGAGACUGAAUUGGAGCGGUGGCUCUCCGACCACGAUAUCCCUUAUCCCACCCCUGCCGACCGCAAGGACCUGGAGAGCUUGGUCAAGGCCAAUUGGGACUCGAAAGUGCAGAAGCCUCUGGGACAGGCGGCAGAGCAUACCACCCACAACUGGCAUCAUGCCAAGGAAUGGAUCUUUGAUACUUGGUCAGACUCUCAGCUCAAGGCAUUCCUUGACCGACAUGGUGUUCCCGUCCCUCAACCCCGUAAGCGUGACGUGCUUCUGAAAACCGCUCGUGAGAACUAUGAAUCGAUCGCGAAGAAGUUUGGCGAAACCGCAGCAUACCCCGGUAACUGGCUGUAUGAGCAUUGGUCCGAGUCCGACUUGAAGGAAUGGCUUGACGAACGCGGAUGGCCUGUACCUCAGCCAACGACUCGGGACAGGCUUAUUGCAUCCGUGCGCCGCAACGCCAGAUUGGCCAGUCUGCAGGCUCGCAACAUUGCAGCCUCUGCCACGAAAUCUGCGGAAGCGGCUCAGUCGAGCUUGAGUGAGGCUUUGUUCAAUGCUUGGUCCGAUUCUGACCUGAAGAAGUUCCUUGAUGAGCACAACGUCAAGGUGCCCCAGGGAUCUAAGCGCAACGAGCUCAUCGCUCUGGCCAGAAAGCACCGUGCUUCCCUUGUCAGCCAGGCAUCCGUUGCUUCCGAGACUGCCUCCCAGUCAGUGACUGAGUUGAUUGGCGCCGCUACUUCCAAGGCCGGCAACCAGUAUGCGCGGGCCACCGAUGAUGCCACUCUCAAGGCGCAGGAUGCAUUCGAUGCAGCUGUUGAGUCGUGGUCGGACUCCCGUCUCAAGGCUUACCUGGAUGCUCGCGGGGUUCCCGUUCCUCAGGCUAGCAAGCGCGACGAGCUGCUUGCCAAGGUCAGGCUGAACAAGCACAAGGCUGCGACUGGAUGGACUGCCUGGACAUUUGACACCUGGAACACCGAACAGCUGAAGAAGUACCUCUCUUCUCUAAACGCCAAGGCAGCUCACCGUGCAGACGUCACCCGCGACGAACUUCUGAAGCAGGCUCAGGACGCCUACGCCAAAGCCUCCAAGUCUGGCGGAGUCAACCUGGCAUCUGCCACCUCAUACAUGGCGCAAGCCACCGAUGCAGCCAAGGAUACGACCUUUGACACUUGGUCCCACUCCGAGCUCAAGGCAUACCUCGAUUCCUACGGUAUCCCCGUCUACCAGGGCUCUGGUGUCAACGAGCUUCGUGCGGCGGCCAGACGUAACUCCCAGUACUUCCGGUAUGGUACCACUAGCCCCCAGGGCAUCCUGUACAGCAAGCUCCAUGAAUGGACUCAGUGGGUCAUGGACCAGCUGAAGAUUGGAGCCUCGAGCGGUCGAGCUCAGGGUCAGGAGGCUGCGGAGAAGGUGAAGGAGAAGGCGUCGGCUGAAACCGAGCGGAUCCGGUCCGAACUCUAA